AACUAAUCUUUUUGCAUUUGUGCGUUUCCGUUUGUAACUAUAUUCAAUUUUUGAAGACUUCUAUAGUCAACAGUAUAUUAUUAGCAAUCAUUAUUUAGAUUUCAGUCGGCUUUAGCGCUAGCCAGCAUUUUUAUUUAUCAGCAUAUUUGUCUGUAUAAAAAAUUAAUGUCAUGACCUUUGAUCAUAUGAUUUCAUAUUUCCAAGUAUUUUGAAUAAUCAAGGUUUGUUAUUGCAAACUCAAACCAAAGCGAAGGCGAAAGUGUUUCAAAACCUCGCCUGUUUCUCGAUUUCUUUGCUUUAAAAUGUGAGGCAAAUCACAGAAAGAAAGAUGAUUGGUCUCUAUUCCUACAAAGGAAAGUAGGGCAAUGUUUUGUGAGCUGUAAAGAAUGGCUUGUUGCCCGACGGAAGAGAAAUAUGGCUACGAAGAUAGCCGAUUUGAAAAAGAUGUCGACCAGCAUUUUCAUUGUUCAAUCUGUUACAAUGUUCUUAAAGAACCGAGGAUGUGCAGGAAUAAUGAACACGUCUUUUGCCUCGCCUGUAUCAGUGAACAUUUGAAAGUAAAUUCGCACACUUGUCCUGAAUGUAACGACCAUUUGAGUGUAGACACGCUUCGUCGGCCGCGGGUGUUGAGUAAUUAUUUGUCGAAGCUGAAGAUCAACUGCGACUAUGCCAGUCGAGGAUGUCCUGAGUUUACCUGUGUUGAAGAUCUCAAGACACAUGUUGCAAAUUGUGGUUUUGCUCCUGUGUUUUGUUCAAAUGAAAAUUGCGGUAUGGAGAUUAACAAGCAAGAGAGGGAACAUCAUGAGACUGUAGUUUGUAAAUAUAGGAAAAUGAAAUGUCAUGACUGUGGACAGAUACAGGAAGAUGUGGGAGCAUUGAAAGGAGGUUUGAUGGAACUGAAUGGAAAAGUGGAAGCAACGAAUGAAAAGAUGGAGAAAAAUCAUGCGGACAUGAAAAAGAUUGUGGGAAAAUUGGAAGGAAGUUUAGGGGGGAUAAACAAGAGGAUCAACGAGAAAGUGGAAGCGGUGGGUGAAAUGAAUAGGGUGGUGAACGAAAAAGUGGGAGCAAUGAAGAACAGCCAAGAUGAAAUUAAACAAGAAGUCGGGAAAAUUAAAAGAGAAGUAAAAGAUAUGAAAGAAAAUUGUUCCAAAGUAAACAAAGAUGUGGGGGAAGUUAAAAUCAUGAUGAUUCAAAUGUUAGAGAAGUUAAAUACGCUCGAACUGUUCAACAAACUGCCACUUCCGACUGAGGAAAUCUUGAAUACACCAAGGCAAGACAUUUUGAUUGCAGGUGGUCGUGCAUCUCGGGGUAAACGUCUUAAAAGUACAGCAAUAUAUUCCUGGGAGAAAAGUGGUUGGUUUGAGGUGUCACCAAUAAAUGAAAAGCAUAACCGAGCUUCAUCAUUUAUUUAUAAUGACCAGUUAUUUGUCGUUGGGGGAGUCAAUAGUAAGACAAUAGAGAUCAUGGGUCUCAAUGAAUUACCUUUGAAAUGCAUGAAAUUUCCUGGAGAGCUGCCUUAUGGCUGUGGUGAUCAUCAAACUGUUGUUUACCAACAGCGUGUUAUUCACAUUGGUGGAUUUAUUUAUGACAAAUGGAGACAGUCUAAAAUGAUCAGCGAGUUGCAAAUUACCUCACCUUGCACUAUGAAAGAGUUGUGCCAAAUGCCUGAGCCACGGGAAUGUCAUGGCGCUGAGAUAAUUGAAGAUAAAGUCCUGGUCUUUGGAGGGCAGAAAUCCUUAGGUCAUGAAAGUUCUUUGGACAGUGUGUUGGAGUUUGAUGUAAAGAAGAAUGAAUGUAAGGAGAUGCCACCAUUACCACAUCCUCUGACACAAAUGGCAACAGUUCGUUGGAGAGAUCAAGUUGUUGUGCUUGGAGGUCGCGAUAGGGACGGUCAUGUUCUGAAUGAUGUUUUCAUGUAUGACUGCAAGACGGGCAAGACUAAAGCCUUACCAUCUAUGUUGGAGAAGAGAUGUAGAUAUUGUGCAGUUAUUACUGGAAAUACAAUUGUAGUCGUGGGAGGUAUGGAUGAGAACUAUGAAUAUCUCAGUUCAGUGGAGUGUUUUACAAUGGGAGGUUCUACGUGGGAGUAUCUUCCUGCCAUGAAUGAAGCCAGGUACGGAGCAAUUGCUGAAGUUUUACCUUCGACAAGAAAAUAUGUGUAAGUUUGACAUCUACAUUAUACAUUAAGGAGUCGGUUGUACGAAAACCGUUGAGUGGUAUCGACAGAAUAGUCGUAUUUUCAACCAUUGUAAAAAUUCUUUAAAAGGUAAAAAACUACGAAUAUGGACCUCACAAUUGAUAGGAAGAAACUUUAAUUUAUAAAUAUAAAGAUAAUAUUUCGUAGAACCGUCCUCAGGUUGUUUUAGAAGAGGUCAAACUCUCCGAUUUUUACUACCGAAGAGAGAAUUCUGCGGCUUGACCGGGAGUAAAGUAAUACAACUAACCAAAAUGCCGCAACUUCUAACAUGCAAAAAAGUUAUUCCAAUUUCCAACGCAUGUUAAUUAACACUAUUUAUGAAGACGGUCAGGUGUGUUAGUUGUAACUAAUGCGCAACCUAUUUUAAUUAACAUGCCUGGCGCGGUUCUACGAAGGCCGGAAGGCAGCGCUAUUCGCCCUUUGUGAAACAGCCUGAAAAGCUGCGAAACUACCGGCUAUGGUGGCGUGACGUGGAUAUAUAGUGUUAUCCGGUUUUCAUACAAUUGUUGCAAGAUGCAGCGAUUUUCUUCCUUGUAAUAUUUCAUAUUAUGUCCAAAACGUGCAUGUCCGUAUUUCGUACUCCACGCUCAGGGACCAGUCAUUAACAGUAACAAAUGGCUUUAUUAGAAUGACUUCACAUAGAAGUAUUGCCAAAGCUUAUUAGUUAAUUAUAAAUAUUUACAAAUGCAAAAUGUCUUGUGGUAAUAUGACACUGUGAGUAAUGCCAGAAAUAAAAAUGAAGUUAUUGAUAUAAAGAAAGACCUAGUUUACAAAUGAGUACUCUAUUUACAGUAUAUAUGUAAUUGAAGAAGUUUGGGAGUUUAUGGCGGGCAGGGGGGGGGGGGGGCACCGAAGAGAAAUGUUUUUCUUGGUAAAAUUUUUCUGAUCCAACCGUUAAAAUGUCAAUAAAAUUCUUAGCCAACCUCAAAUAUCAAUUUAAAAAUAAACCAAAAAAUUAAAAAAUAAACCAAAAUUCUUAGCCAACCUCAAAUAUCAAUUUAAAAAUAAACCAAAAAACAAUCCAAAAACUUGUCAAGAAGAUACCAUUCAGUUGUCACACAUGUCCUUUAGCACUUCCGUGACAUGAGUUUGAUAACUGCUUGUGCAAUUUUCUGCAGUGUAAUGUUUCAUGUUGUCUGCACAUGUACUUUCUUUGGAGACACCAUUUGCUUCCUGACAAAUCGGAAAAUGAUCAAGAUAGUGACUCUGAUUCAUUUACAUAUUGUAUUGACAUAUGACUGUUGACAUUGCAUUUUAGUCUUCAGUAUUUGAAUGAGUCAUGCUUCGUAAACGACAAUAAUUUUUUAUUUACCCAACCCUUGAGUUGUUUUGUUUUUCAUUUACCCAACCUUUUACUCACUCAUUUUCAUCAUGCAAAUAAAAUAAAUUCUAAUAAUGAUACUUGUGUUAUUAACACUGAUGAAAGUUUCCUGCAGAGGGGAACCGGUAUUUGCCUAUUUUUGACUGGGAAAAUGGGAUUUGGGUUACUGGGACUGGGAAUGAAAGACAUAAAAAAUGGGAAUGGCAAAAGUCAAAUACCAUUAUAAAGACAGUUGUAGUUGGACAUUUCAGAGUUGAAAUAACUUCAAGGAUAACUAUAGAGUAUAUGUUUCUCCUUAUAAUUUGCAGGUAGUUGCAUCUCUACCAACGAAAGCUUGUUUAAAGGCACAGUUCAGCCUGUUGAACGAUGGUUUUUAAGGC